GUCGUUCGUAUCCGACGAGCAUUGUUCUUUCAGCUGUAGCCGCACGACGGACGCACAUGUUCACAGAAUCCGGAGCAGAACCGUGGAACCGACGUGAAAUGACGUGGACCAACGGCGACCGCGAACAGGUCCGCCAAGACCACGGGCAUUAAUUCCCGACGAUCGACGCGUGAAUGUGCCCGUCAAGUAAUCACGAUGGAACCGCGUGGGAUGAUGAUGUCGAACCUGUCGUGCGACGGCUGCGCGGACAGCGAUCGGGAUUCCGACAGCAGCAGCAUGAUCGUGGACCCGGUGAGUCUCGACAAGAACGAUUUGUCGCCGUCCCAGUCGUCGUCGAGUCCCAUAAUACCGAGCUCCCCCGUGCCGCCCACGUCCUCGUCGCGAAACCGCGGCGGUAGUCGUAGUAAGAAGAAUUACACGAUGAUGUCGACGAACGGUCAACAAAAGGCAGCGUCGCCCGGGCAGGCCACGUCCUACGGAAACGAAAAGAUGUCCUCGUCCCUGAUCAAGCCGCCGUACUCCUACAUAGCCCUGAUCACGAUGGCCAUACUCCAAUCGCCCCAGAAGAAGCUCACCCUGAGCGGGAUCUGCGAGUUCAUAAUGUCGCGGUUCCCCUACUACCACGACAAGUUCCCCGCCUGGCAAAACUCCAUACGACACAACCUGUCCCUGAACGACUGCUUCAUCAAGAUACCGCGCGAGCCCGGGAACCCCGGCAAAGGCAACUACUGGACGCUGGACCCUCUGGCCGAGGACAUGUUCGACAACGGGAGCUUCCUGCGGCGCAGGAAGAGGUACAAGAGGCCACCGCCGCAUUAUGUACUCCGCGACAGAGCGAUCAUGGCCACGUUCGCCAUCUGCGGCGACCGAGGACCGUGCCCCGGCGGCGGCGGUGGGCAUCCCGGCGCUCUGACUUAUCCCAGCGCCGCCUACCUGUCCCCGCCGCCCGGUCUGCCGUUGCUCGACUUCUCUCCUUCGACCUUGGAGGCCCUCAAACUCGGCGGGUUCCUGGAACCGCCGCCGCCGCUGUACAAACCCGUGCCCAUCACCGCCCCGCCGAUCAGGCAGCUGGACCCGACGCCCACGAGGACCAGCACGAUACCAACGAGUCAUCCUCCGGUCGACAAGAAGAGGAACUUCAGUAUCGACGCUCUGAUCGGCAAGCAGGCAGCCAGCGACCAGAACUGCGGCGGUUUGUUGGAUCUCAGUCCGACGGAACAUCGGGAGAUCAGAAGUCAAGCGUCCGCUUUCUCGCCUCUGAUCUAG